AUGAGGAAAACUCCCUAUGUCCUAGAUAAGCAGGUGCUGUCUGGACUCACUGACCUGAUCCUCGCUCGAGUCCACAGCCAUGCCACCACUGAGGAGCUGGCCAGGGAGGCUGCUGUUCCUGUUAUCAAUGGGCUGUCAGACCUGUGUCACCCCCUCCAGAUACUGGCAGACUUUCUCACUCUGCAGGAGCACUACGGUUAUUUACGUGGGCUGACAGUGUCUUGGAUCGGCGACGGCAACAAUGUGCUCCACUCCUUCAUGGUGACAGCAGCCCGGCUUGGAGUCCACCUCAGGGUCGCCACUCCUAAGGGAUAUGAGCCUAAUAGGAGCAUCACUCAAGAGGCUGAAAAACUCUCCAAACAGUGUGGGACCAAAUUCCUCCUGACUCAUGAUCCACUGGAAGCUGCUCGUGGGAGUAAUGUGUUGGUAACCGAUACAUGGAUAAGUAUGGGCCAGGAAGAGGAAAAGAAAAAGAGGCUGCAGGAUUUCCAUGGUUACCAAAUCACCAUGCAGACAGGAUGUGUGGCGGCUCCGGACUGGACAUUCCUGCACUGCCUGCCCCGCAAACCGGAGGAGGUGGACGACCAGGUUUUCUACUCAUCCCGUUCCCUCGUCUUCCCAGAGGCGGAGAACAGGAAGUGGACUGUCAUGGGCCUGAUGGUGUCCCUGCUGACUGAUUACAGCCCCCAGACCCCAAAGCCCAAGUUCUGAUCCGGAGGAUCCAGGGAAUGUUACCAUUACUUGGAGGCAACAUACUGUAACAGAAAGAAAAAUAAAAACAUGUUCUUGUAGGCGUUUCCUGCUAACAGUUUAGAAGAUAAUAAUUGUGUUUUGAAAGGCAUUUGUAUUUUUUUCCCAUGUUCUUUUUGUGUUAGGCUGGAACAAGAAAGGCCUCUUCUCACCUGUUAAGCGUUUCUUUCUCUUGCGUUCCAGAAGGGCCCAUCCCCAGUCCUCCCCUGUUCCAGCAGGACAAUGCCAUACCAAACUGUGCUAGAGCUACGAAGGCACAGAUCUUCAAACAAGGCUGCCUUAACCAGCAUUGUUUCCUGACCUGAGCAGAAGCUGUUUGGCCUACAUGUCUCAACAGGAGACAACUGCAACUUGCACAACUUCAGCACGUGCCUGCAGCAGCAGCUCCGGUCUAGGGACGGAACACCCCACGGUGGUCUGUCACGAUACGAGUCUGUCCAGCAGUACUGCCAGGAUUGUGUCAACUCUCAGGCAGGUCAUAUCCCGAUUCCGCUUUGUUAGUUUUAAGUUAUUAAAACGUGUUGUUAUUCGUUGUUCUGUAUUUCUUAUUACCCAAUAUUAUUUUAUGUAUGUUUAAAAAUGUUGAUUAAAUCUAUUAGAUCUG